CUAUUACUGAGUUUUCUGCGCGUGGUUUGGGCGUUUCACGAAGGUGUGAUCGCCAUUUAGAAAACAUUUCUUUCUCGGUUUGGCCUCACAACCUAAGCCGAAGUGGCCAACAUGUCGACAGGGAAGGCUAACAAACCGCUAAUGGACGGUAAAGCGAGGAGAUUUAGCGCCCCUUCGAGAGGGAGAGCAGUGCGAAGGCCUGAAGAUGUCGUUCGCGACGUUCGUGGUCUCAAGCUUCGACAGCGUGUUUCUCUUGUUCUGAAUGACAAGGUUCUUCGCGAUGAACUGGAAGAUCUUGUUCAAAACUACGUUCAGAAUGGUCCCAAAAGUGGCGGAGAAGGCGUCCGCACCUAUCAAGAUUUUUUGAUUCCCUCCAGCACGUACUAUGGAGGAGGCAUGUCUGCUGUAGUCACUCCAAUAGCAGACAUAAGAGGUUCCGAUACUUUGAAUUAUUCCAAACAGGAGAGGUUAUUACGUUGUAAACUGGCCGCUACAUACCGCUUAGUCGAUCUUUUUGGAUGGAACAAUGGUUUGUAUAGCUUCAUAACGGUGAGUACUCGUAAAAUUCAUGUCUUCUAGUGAACUGUACGGCAGUAUUUGUUUUGUGUUGGUUGACUCGCGCGCGAGUUUGUUUUCAAUGGCCUUCAUGGCCACGGACGCAUACGUGACUACCUUGGUUUAAGUUGUUACUCCAUAUUCUUAGGCCCCCAGAAUUUUAGAGCGGUGUACGAAUUCGAAAACUCAUUUGUUCUGGUGGUUGUAUUGGCUGGUGAAUGCAGUGGCGCACUUCUGGUAGAUAGUUUGGCUGUAUGGAGUAGUGAAUCACUGAUACAAAUACUUGUUUGUUACAAUUGUUGAUGUGGAUUUCUAUUUUGACAGAUUCGCCCCUCGGCGGACCAAGAGAGUUUCCUGAUCCAUCCAUUUGGACUCAUGUACAGUGAAGUGACUGCGUCCAGUCUGGUUAAAGUCAAUCCGGAUGGAAGUGUGGUUGAUCAAGGCAGCACCAAUCUCGGUGUGAAUAAAGCUGGUAUGUUGUUGCAUUCUUCCCUCCAUGGUGCCAGAAAAGAUGCCAGGGCGAUUAUACAUCUUCACCAAGCGGACGUUGUAGCCGUAAGUGUUCUUGCUUAUACAGGAAUAAAAAUUGGUUUUAUUUCCUGUAACUACUGUACAUUUGGGUAAAUUUGCACUGCUAGGUUCUGACGAACUGGCCUCAAUUUUGAUACGUCAUUUCGGUAUGCGCUGCAUAUUUUCUCCGUCGAUACUGCACUUGGUCGUGAAAUUAGUGUUGUCCAUUUUGUCAGUUUACAUUGCUGAUAGAUUUAACUUAACCGUAAUGAAGUAAAAACGGUUGAACUGUCUUUUUCGCGUGACUUUUGUCAUUUCAACUGCAGGGGUCUACCAUUUCUGCAGGUUUGAGACAGUUGACAACCGUUCGAGGUUUCGAAUCCUGCGCGCUCGUCGCCAAAUGUCAAAUUUUACCAUUACUGUACUUCCCGUGCCAAAAAAAUAAACUAUAGUAAUCGCUCACUGGAGUUUUCCCUUGCCCAGAAGAUUAAAAAUCUGUAUUUAACUUUUUGAUGAAGCCGACGUUGGGGAAAAAAAUUAAAGAUAUUGGAAGCUAGUUGGGCGGAAGACUCCGUUGAGAAAAUAGUACAUUUUCCUGUCAUCAGAUUACUAUCGAAUUUUGGGUUGAAUUUCGUCUAGUCGAUAUUGAAGCGAGCAUUAUUUUUCCCUGAAACAGUGAUAUCUAUGUUCGGUGACACGAAAAAGGUGGAAUCAAAUGUAAAGUUAAGCUUACUAAAAAUGAAAUUUUAAUGAUAACAGAAUGCAGUUGAAUCGAGGCUUUGUUGAAGACUUACUGCGGUUGGAUUAUAUUGAUAAGGAAAUGUAACACUGGCGUAGCUCGUCAUCAUUCCAUAUUCUUUAAAAUAUAUAUUUAACGACAGUUGUAGUAUUGACUAGAGCACAAGUGCCCAUUUAAAACUGAGUCGUUGGGUCAAGUUUCUCUGGUUCCAGCCUAGUUCCUCGUGUUUGCCGUUUAGCACCUGCUCGAGCCAGACCAGGGUUGUUCGAUUUGAAUAAAUCUUCUAUUCAUGUUUUGGAAAAGACUAUAAAUUAAACAUCUUCGUUGAUCGUGCCGAGAGUAAUUUUCGGAUAUCCAAGUUCUAUUAGGUUUUCUUAACUCGAUUGCUUCUAGAAAUCUCCUUUCAUAAUUUUUGUUAAAUUGUUGUUGUGAAAUACAUUUGGCUUUACGUUGAUAAUCGUGACUUUCCCACUUGACGGUCAGAUCAUGAAUUUUCUAGAACUUUCUCAACACGUUCUAUCCUUCUUUAAUUUGACACUUGUCUUUGAGCAUUUGUUCAUAUAUAUAAAUGAGUCGAGAGCAAUAUGUUGCUGGACUGUUUUGCCUGAUUUAUUUGGUGUACAUUUCUCAUAAACUAUUAAGAAAAUAUUGAGAUCACUAUUUGAUGGUUUUUCUAAUGCACGCCUACUUUGUUUUCUUGGUUUUGGGUGUAUUCUUGACUUAUUAAAACCAGCUCUGGCAUUAACUUUGGAGAAAGUUAACCAAAAUGUCAUCAGAAAUUGCUUCACCCUGUUUAUCCUAUAAUAAUGAGUAUUGUGCCACUAUUUAAGCACAACCAGUAGAUGUUCUCCUCUUGUUAAAAAAAUUUACUCUUGGAGAUUUUAUGAUCCUGUUUUAUUCUUUCCAAAAAAAAAACUGUUGAUCCACUUUGUCAUGCAUGAUAAGAUGCUUUGCUCUUGUAAUGCUGUGUUUUGAUCCAUUCUACUGUAUUUGCUAUAUUUUCCAAGCCACUAGAGACUGAAUAUUUUGUUAUUUCAAUGAACUGUUCCAACUUUCAUGUGAUAGUAAUCCAUUGAGACUAGUGUAAUAUUUGUCAAUUUUUAAUCUGAGCAUUGCUUCAUAAAAGUGAUGUAGACACUGUUUAUUGUAAGAGAUAUCAAAAGUACAGCUUCACUUAUAAUGUAGCUAGGAGAGGAAUACAUGUGCAUUUCAGGGUGUUGCAUAUGAUGCACUUUAAAUAAAGAUGUGUUAAUGGUUGCAUGUCAAUGAGUGGCUGUUGUUUUACAUUAGCCCACAAAUAUGUCUAUCCUACUUGCUUCUUGGUGGACAUAAAUCAGUGAAAAAGAUCAUUUUUUGAUGCAGAAACUCUUUAAGUGUUCAUUUGACAUACUCUCUUCUUUCCAGGUAUCAGCAAUGAAGUGUGGACUUCUGCCCAUUUCCAUAGAAGCUCUAAUAGUGAGUCCUUGCUUUUAUUUUGCAUUCCAUUCUAGUUUCAGCUUUGCAUCUUUGUAUGUUGAUAAGUAUUUUAGAAUAUGCUGAGGGAACAGGUUGAGGCUGAAUCAAAGUGAUGUGGGUUUCACACAAUUCUGCUUUGGUGUUGAAGGGGAGGUGCUACUGUUUCUUGAAUUUCUGACAAAAAAGUGUCACAUGUCUGGUGUUGUGGGGUAUUAUUCACCUAGACUAAGUUUUAGACCCCUCCCAUGUAAAUUGGUGAUUGAAUGGAGAAUAUGUCCGAAGGAAAACAUUCUCUUUGGCAAAAUUUGUAAGGUCCAAGUGGUAUGUGCUAUGAAAAUUGAUGCUAGUUCUUUCACAUUAUUGCAGCAAAAACAGUCUGAAUCUAUCAUUAUUUUCAGAUAACUGUAUGAUUAGGAUACAAUGUAUAUACAACACUAACCAUACCAACUCCCUUUCAUCUUUGAAAGUUAGAACAAUUGAUUACAUUUUCUUGUCUGAAUCAACACCUGGCUGGAUGACACUUGUUAAUACAGGGUUUGUUUUCUUAAUCCUUUAACUCCCAAGAUCUCGUAAGUGACUCUCCUUACAGUCUGCUAUACAGUUCUUGUGAUAUUAGUUUGGAGAAUUUGGUAUCGGAUCAACUUAUGAUCCCCUAAUUGAUAUUUCUUUAUUCUCAUCACUUGUCUGCUUGAUAUUGUAUUUUUACUGUAAGGAGAAAUUCUGUCUUGGUCACCCAUGGGAGUUAAAGAGUGAAUACCAUUUUAUUUGUCCUGCAUUUGGAUUAAUUUCACAUCACAUAUUGAUGCUUAUAAAAUACAAAGUGUCAUUGGCAAUGUUCAUGCACAUAGCUUGUUUUUAAAAGAUAGCUACUUUGAAUUCAUGUAGGGGGGGAAAAAACUAAACAACUCCUUUUACCAACAGCAGUUUAGAGAGAGAUUUACACUUUUUUAAUUGUUUUGUUUACAGUUGGGUGAAGUAGCUUACCAUGAUUUUAGAGGGAUUUUUUCAAAUGAAGAAGAAAAGGAGUCAAUAGUAAAGGACAUUGGUGAAGAAAGCAAGGUAUACUACCACAGAAUUUAAUGGCAUGUGCUUGCAAUGUACUAAAAGUGACAUCAAAUUCAAGCAAAAAGGAAUGUCACCAUCUUUCAUUAUGAAAGGGGUCACAACAAGAUGAGUGACCCCCUAUUAACUCAAAAUUUCACUUUUUCUCUGACUCCAGGUAAAUUCCCUGACUUGUCCCUGACAUUGAAGAAAUUUAUUUCUCCCUGACUUUUUCCUGACCUGUGGCAACAGUGAUUUAGUUUGUAACUAUUGUUGGCAGUUUAACAACCACAAUUUACAAAGGAAGGAUUCAGAAUUCAGAUUUUUUUUGUCUUACUCACAAACACGCCACGGUGAAAACCACUAAAACUGACAUAAAUACAACCCGCUUUCUCUCGUAAGGUAAUGGUACUCAGAAACCAUGGUAUUGUCGUUUGUGGAGAGACCAUUGAAGAAGCAUUUUACCUGGCACAUAAUGCUGUGAAGGCUUGCAUCAACCAGGUGAAAUAUUCCUUUUGACUCCUGUUUAUUAAAGUGAUUUACAAUGUGAACAGCAGUCUUAAAUUUACUUUGGUAAUGGCUUAUGGAGGUCUAGUUCAAAUGAAAUCUUGACUGACAUGAAGUAUUGGAAUGUGGUCAUUACAUCCAUUGUGCAUUAUCAUUUACCUGUGCUAGUUCCAGGCUGCCUAUGAAACAGAACAUGUACAUAUUCCAGGAAUACAUGAACACUUAUUGUCAUUCACACAGUAUGAAUACAAGCAUAAUACAUCAGUAGCUCUACGAGUCAUAAUUUAUAUUAUUGACUAUUUAUUUACAAUCAUGACAUUUUUAUAUUUGCAGAUAAAAGCUGUAGGUGUUGGAAUUGAUAACCUCAUCAAGUGUGAAGAUUUUGCCCAAGAGCAAGUGGUUGAGACAGCCCAAGAAGGAGGAGGUGGUGUUAACUCUGGUGACAUAAAGUGGAAGCGAGGAGAAAUGGAGUUUGAAGCAAUGAUGCGUUUACUGGACUCAAUGGUAAUGUGGCAAUUCAUAGGAUAUAUAUCUCUUUUUAGUGUCAGGGAGUAUUUUUACAAGUUGUGCCAUAUUCCGACAAGGCUGCAGGUCAUGUCAAAAUUAAAACCAAAAGUAAGAAUUAUACAAAACAAAAUGUCUAAUAAGUAAUUUAUCAUCCAGCUGCUCUAUUUCAUGUACAUUUGGUAUAAGUAAAGAAGCUGUUUGUGAUAGGUCCUGCAUAAAAAUUGCUGUGGAUAGGUUUUAUAGAGUUCUUAAAAUAACCAGCUGUUGUCCAAAAAUCCAUACCAUAUUACAAGAUAUUUAUACUUGAUUCACGCAUUUUCAGACUCUACUUAGUGCUAUAACUGUUGGGUAUUAAAGUUGUUUAAUGCAAUCAAUGCUUGGGAUGGGGCAGUGUACCUCAUAUGAAAUAUGUUAAAAACAGCAUACCCUUCAAAUAGUAUAUUGCUCAAAGGAUUGCAAAAUUAAUUACCAGAAAAUUUGGAUGAAAAUUUAUCCAAAUAUUUUCCAGAAAAUCGUGUUCUCGAAUAGAACUUUCUAAAAAAUUCCCAUAGCAGUUAAGGUUCGAGUUUGACAAGUGAGUGAUGAAAAUCAGGAUUGGAUGAAAGUAUAGCAGUAAAAUUCAAAGCAUUAAUCAAGUUGCCAAGAUACUAAGUAGCAGAUAACAGUUUCCUGAAGUUCUACAAAAUUCAAUUGAUUGACUGUAGUAUUGGUGCUGUAGUGCUAGGAAAAAUCACAUUUUUUGUAUCCAAUCCAUAUUGUAGUUUAGCUCAACAAAUUUUGCAAUUUAGCAUCAAGAAAUGUUUUGAAAAGAUUUAAUAUUCAUCCAAUACCAACAAACAGAUUGAUUGUGUAAGGGGUGGUUUGUUUUUUCAUUCAUAGGGUUACAAGACAGGCUAUGUGUAUAGAAAUCCUGAAGUGUUCCAUGGUGAGAAACCUGCAGAAAGAGAGGUGACCACCCCAUCUACUGUGUCAUCCACACGAGCAAAGAUGUACUAUACACCCGAGAUUGAACGAGGACAAAUUAAAAGAUCCCAUUCUACAGGGCGUGCAAACACUUACAGAAACCGUGUCAAAUGGCUGAACACCCCAGUGAAGUCUACAGAGUACAAGAAGGACAAGGAGAAAGUUGAGUUGGAGAGUGACGAGCCCGUGACAAUUAAGGAUCUUUUACCAGAAAGAGUUGACAAGGACUUGGAGCAGGUAGAGAAAUAAGUGUUCCUGUAGCAUAUCAAGUUGUCUAGUGAAAGCCUAACAGUAUGUAUUUGAAAUACUUCAAACUUUGAUUGAACACUAAGAUUGUCUGACAUGCAAAAACUUUGAGAAAUUUGUUGCAUUUGAUAUUCCUGUCAAUAACAGUUAAGAAACAAAAAUCUUUAAUGUUAUUCUGUGAUGGUUAGAAGUUAGUUAAAUCUUUUUGCAACAUCAUUUGGUUAGAAAUUAAGUUAAACCCUUACACUCUCAGAGUGAUUAACAUGCUAGUUCACCUUCAUAGCAUCCAUAUAUUUAUCCAGCAAACAGAUUAUGAGAAUACCCAAACUCAUCAGCUAGGAGUUGUUUUCCAAAUUCUUGUACCUAAUUUACAAAUAAAUAUGUAGCUUCUAGAGGGGAGUAUAAAUCAUUUUAUCUUGGGAGUUGAAGGGCUGUAUGUUGUGCCAUCAUUUGAGUUCUCUCUCUUGCAACAGGCCCCUGAGAACAAUGAAGUGACAGUAAAAACAUCAAAAGUUGUGAUCACAGAGUCAGUGCCUCAUGAGAAGGGAAUCAACGGUGAUGAGACAAAGGAAAUCAGACAAGAGUACACACACAAGACAGUCGUAAUCACAACAGAAGUGAAUGGUGAAGCAGGUGAUGAUAAGACUUCUGAGGUUGGAGAUGAGGAUGGUCCAGAUGGUGACAUGUUGGUUCCAGGUGCUGAUUCACCAGAGCCCGAGAGCCCAGCAAAAAAGAAGGGAACAAAGGUGAAGAAGAAGAAGAGCUUUAAAGAUGCUUUGGUGAAAAAGUUCAGCAAGAAGGGUGAACGGCCAGCAAAGUAUGAAAAGAGUGAUGCAGAGAAAGUGGAAUAGUGUGCAGUGAUUCAAGCUUUACAACAGGCCAAGUUUUAUUUGCAAUUGACGUAAUGUUGGAAUUCCUUUAAAAUAGGAAAUUUCAAGAACAAAUAAAUCAGUUUGUUGUCAAAUGUAUAAAGUUAAACAAAAUCUUCGAGUGGGGAUUGUAACCCCUGAAGUGAGAUCAGAAAUUAAGAAGCCCAGCUUUAUUGUUGUGAUAUAGGCCUACAAAGAGAGGAAGUCUAAAUAUCUUAUGUGGAAUGCAGGAUGAUGAAGAAAUUAGUUUUAUUUUCUUUUUAAGACAGUGAUAAACAUUUUUGAACAUACAAACCAUGGUAUCCAAUAGUUAUAAUAAUUUUUACAUUUAAACUGUGUGAACAAAGCUUCCCCUCAAAUGUGUUUGGUCAGCUCAAAUGAAUUUUUUCUUUGUCCAAUAUUUUAUUUGUGGGCAUAGAAUAUUACCUUAGAGUUUUUGACAUUGUUUAACUCAAUUUUUUUUUUAGACAUAGGUUUAUUUUAUUCAUGUAUGGUUUUAAUUAUUUGAUUUUACACUUGUAGACCAAACUUUGGUUCCUUUUUCUCAAGAAUUCAAAUCAAAAUGUUCAUGUUUGUUUUCAUCAGAUUGAAUGUUAAAAUGAAGUGAUGUUGAUAAAGGGAGGUCACAGUGUUAUGCUAAGUUUUCUAACCUAGUACUGUUAGAGAUGUUGAAAAAUUACUCUUUGCAAGAUUAACUAAAAUUGACAUAAUUACAUUAUGGAACUAAAGGAGAUCCCUGCAUACAACAUACAAGGUUGCAGAAUUUUUGACUUUUUUGUUUUCUUAAGGAUGAAACAGUCUGUUACUGACAUGGAUUUUAGGAUUUUGGUGUGCUUAGCAAAACUUCCAGUUGCAAAAUGUACAUGUGGUUUGUGACCAUCAUAUGUCACAGGAAAAUAGAUUGGAAAUUAAGAAAAAUUGUUUAGUGAUCCUUGGCUUACCACUCAGGUUCUUGUAAAUUACUUUUUGAUCAGCCUUAUCUUUGGUUCAUUUUUAUAGUUUGAUUUUGUUUGUUUUGUUUUGUUGGUAAGUGACCCAACAGUAUUGAUAUGCUAUUUAGGCUAGACAUUUUUUUCCAAGAAACACUUUUCAGCAGUUCUCUUUUGUGAAAUAAUGAUUAUUGUGAACUUGCACCUUUCACCUUAAGUCUGGGUGAGAGUAUUUCUGACAUCUGUUGAUUGUGAUAAACUCUGGAGCCAUAUGGUACUCCAGAAGGAUUAUGCUUUGGUGGACCACUGUUGUCCACUACAUAGAGUAGAAAAUGGCAUAUUUUCAACCUUGAGUGGUAACUGAAUUCUGAUUGCUUAGCUUUGUUUUCUCCAUCUCUCUCUCUUUGUAGUAUUCAAUACCAUUACAUCAUAGGCUCUCUUCAGACACCAAAGUCUGCAUUCUGUCUCCAGGUUUGAUUCCAUCAAAAGCAUUUGGGAGGCUGAGGCAAUGUUGCUUCUUUUAGCGGUAAAUAUUUAGUCAACAGAAUUAUCAAAUGUAUUGUGUGUUCUGAUGGCAAAUCAGUCCUGGGUUAAAGUAAGAGACUUUAUCUUCAAUUUUUAAAUUUAAUGUUAAGUCACCCAAUGUCGAUUCAGUAGCUACUCCUUAAGGAGUAAUUUGAAAUGUCUAAUGAAAUCUUGCAUCAGGGAAGUAGUACAAGGGUCGUCUUACUGCAUAGUUCUAUUUACUAAUUUAUCAUUUUCUCAAAGUCAGCACUCUAGCUCUUAACUGCAAGUUUUAGAGUAGGAUUUAUCUUUAAUGUUGUUAUGGAAACUAGAAAAAAAGAAUUUAAAUGAUGUAAUGGUUUUACGUGAUGAAUAAAGAGCAUUAUAAAGGCC